UCCUGUUAGCAACGGACGCUUGUGCCUUGUUACCAAGACGCAAAAGGGACCGUCUGUAAGAUAAACAGCUAAUGUUAGAGCCAACCCUUUGUCACUUUAAACUAUUACUACUAGCUUAUAAACAGUAGAUUAUUAAGAUAGUUAAGAAGUUAUAGAUACGUUGUGACAGGUGUGGAUGUAAAUUUGCCAAGCUAGUGCUUCCUAACUUUUAUUUUUUUUACGAAAGCUGCUUUAGCUAGCUCCUAGCCACACUAGCUAGAUACAUCGACAACGUCUAGCUAUUCAUUUCAACCUGCAAAGCUACGCUAGCUCACGCAAGACUAGCCCAAGAGAAGUUAGCAUAACAAGAGUGUAGUUGGCUAGCUAGCUUUCAAGCUAACGGCAGGUAUCGUUUGGUAUCAUUGGUUUGUCCCCUUCGUUGUCGCUGUCACAACCAAAAAAAUGGGAGAACAGCUGAAAUUUAUCGUUGAGCACUUGAACAAAGAACCAUUCAAGAAAAACUUUAAUCUCAUCACAUUUGACUCAGUGGAGCCAAUGCAACUGCUGCAGAUCCUCAACGAUGUUCUUGCAGAAAUCGACCCCAAGCAAGGAAUUGAUAUCCGUGAAGAGUCGAAUGAACAGACAGCAAAGAGAAUGAUUAAUAUACUGGGAAUGCUUAAAUACAAACCUCCAGGAAAUGUGUCCGAUCCGAGUAGUUUCAGGCAGGGCCUGGUCAUCGGCAAUAAACCAGUGAUCCACCCUAUCCUUUACUGGCUGCUGCAGAGGGUCACAGAGCUGAAGAAGAGGGCUUACCUGGCUCGCUUCCUGGUUAAACUGGAGGUGCCAGCGGAGUUUCUGCAGGAUGAUAUUGUCACUGACACCUAUACUCAGUAUGAAGAACUUGUCGAAGUGUUCAAGACCUACCACAAGGAGAGCGUGCAGCUGAAGAUCUCUGGAUUCUCCACAGCAGAGAUCAGAAGGGACAUUGGUGCCAUGGAGGAGGAGAAGGACCAGCUGAUCAAGCGGGUGGAGAGGCUGAGGAAGAGGGUGGAGUCAGUGUCCAACCACCAGCGGAUGUUGGAGCUGGCCAGACAACUUCGUGUGGAGAAGGAGAGAGAGGAGUCACUGGCUCAACAGAAACAGGAUCAGAAGAACCAACUCUUCCAGGCUGGACAAAGACUGCAGAGGUCUCAGCAGCAGCUAAAAAACCUGCGACAGACAGCGGCAGAUGCCAAGCCAGAAAGUUUAAUGAAGAGGCUUGAAGAGGAGAUCAAGGUGAACGCCUACAUGGUGUCUGACAAGGUCCCCAAGGAGCUGGAGGCCAAGAGGCGCAUGGUGCAGUACCUCCAGAAGGUGGUGUCUGAGCCGGCCAUGGGCCAGGCGGAGCUGCAGGAACUGGAGCACAAGAUUCGAGAAACCAACGUCCAGAUAAAUCAGCUGAUUGAGAAGAAAAUGAUGAGGAACGACCCCAUGGAUGACAAACUGUCACUCUUCAGACAACAGGCCUCCAUCAUCGUGCGUAAGAAGGAGGCGAAGGCGGAGGAGCUGCAGGAGGCGCGGGAGGAGCAGCUGGGAGCAGAGAGGGAGCUCGCCCAGAAGAACAGCCAGGCUCGAGACCUGGUCGGGGACGACGUGAUCCGGGGAGACGAGUUUAAGCGUUUCCUUGCUAAGCUGCGCAGCAAGGGUACGGUGUACAAGAAGAAACGUCAGGAGAUCGCGGAGAUGAAAGCCGAGUUCGGAGUCCUGCAGCGUACCGAGGAGGUCCUCAGGCAGCGACACGAGGCGGGGCAGCAGCAACUGCAAUCUGUGGAGGCUCAAAAGGGGAUCUCGGGCUACAGCGACACCAAGGACGAGCUGGAGAGGGUAUCGGCCAUCAAGAGCGAGCUGGAUGAGAUGAAGGGCCGCACGCUGGAUGACAUGUCUGAAAUGGUGAAGAAGCUCAACUCUGUGAUCGUGGAGAAGAAGUCUGCCCUGGCGCCUGUCAUCAAGGAGCUGCGGCCCCUCAGACAGGAGUGUCAGGAGCUCACCCAGGAGUAUGAGGAGAAGAAAGCGCAGUAUGACAGCUGUUCUGCAGGCCUGGAGAGUAACCGCUCCAAACUGGAACAGGACGUGCGUGCACUGAGGGAGGAGAACGCGCAGGAGGAAAACCGAUACCACUACAUCAACUGCAUGAAAGAGAUCAUUGAGAUGCAGAGGCAGCGGGCCGUGGACGAGAUGAAGGCCUACGUGUCUCCUGACCCCCAGGAGCGGAGGAAGGCCAUCAGGGAACAGUAUAUGAAGAACAUAGGGGAGCAGGAGUCCCUCGGCAAGAAGCUACGCGAGAGUCAGAAGGCUGUGCGGGAGAGCCACGGCCCCAACAUGAAGCAGGUGAAGAUGUGGCGCGACCUGGAGCAGCUGAUGGAGUGUAAGCGCCAGUGCUUCUUCAGGGCCCAGAGCCAGGCCUCCAUAGGUCAGGUGAUCCAGGAGGGGGGAGAGGAUAGGCUGGUGCUGUGAGGGGACCGUAUAGGUUGUAUCAACUCUUUUGGUACUAGUAGUAUCAAGACCCUGACCUAGAACAAGCCACGGAGCUCUCAAUCAUUUGUUUUAUUUAAAAAUGAUUUAAUUAGUCCGUUAGCGUUUUGAUAUUGACGUAAGCAGUGGGGAUCUUGGUGAAAAUAUUCUCCCUGCAGAAUCUUACUGUAAGUUUUGGUUCAAUUACAAAGAAUCUUCAUCUCUGACUGAGUCAUAUGAUUGAGUGGAGCUCCCUGGUUUGAAAAUGGAGAUAACACAUGAUUCUGAGAGAGCCAAUGGGUUAAGAAGAUUAUAUUUCCCUUGCACCCUGGCUUCAAACAAAUUCACAGCCUCAAUUUGAACACAUCUUUAAGAAUACAGCUGCUAACAAUGUGUCUAAAGAUAACAGAGUACAAAGUGUUGCACUUAGGAAGAGGCUGCAGUGUGCUAUAUUGGGAAUCAACAGAUAUGACCUUGGCAGCAAAGCUGGCCAAUUUUGGAAUUCUACAGGACCUCUGUCGUAUCAAAGCAGCCAGGGCAGUAAACUCAUCAAACAUCUUUUUUUUUGGUCUGGCAUAGUGUACCAUUUAUUGGUAAAUUUCAUUGUCUAUAUUUAAAUGUUACGCUCCUACUUUUCAACAGCAUGAGAGGACUAUUUUUUAGAUCUGUUCGAUUUCCUUAUUUGGACCUAUGAAUUUUGGAAAGUUGUAAUGUAUUUUUUCAACAAACAAAAGCUAUAUUAGUACAAAAAUGAAAUUGACCCACAAGUUUAUUAAUGUAGAAGAAGACUUCCAUGCCUAUUUUUUGCCUAUCUAGCAAUUAUAAUUACGUGCGUUGUUUCCACCUACAUAUUAAACUAAAGG